AUGCACAGAAAAAAGGAGCUACAGACAAAUAUAAUUAUGUUUUGCGUAGGGUGCAUCUUAAUGUGUGGGUGUAGAAUAUCUAGUGCUUUAUCGCUUGAGGAGAUAGAUAAGAUUCACACGGUGAGAAUUCCAUUUGGGUAUGCUUCAAAGGCAGCAAUAAAUCCAAAAGGGCCUCUCUGCCCGCUGUAUCCAUUCUAUAUAGACAGAGCACGAGUUCUUUUGCUAUAUUAUAAAGAGACACAGGCCCGGCUGCAGGCAGAAAAGAAUUCCAAAAUGUAUAGAGCAGGGAAGAAAGACUGUAAUGCGUGCCUUAAAAAGUACAUAGUGUGCAGUGGAGGCGUAAAGGGGUCAGUUACAGAUUAUUUAGAUAGGUGCAGCCAGGUAUUUUUAGAGGUAUUUAGAUUAAAAAAAGAUGGAACAGAAGUAGAGCUGAAUGAGUCAAGCAAGUUCUACAAGUUUCUUGCAAGCUCUGCCAUGCAAGAGCAUAAAGAUAUUGUAAUUGCAGCUUUUUUUCUUCUCUCAGAAGGAGUGCCUGUGCAUCUCUACAUGAAGAAGAGCGCAUCUGAUAGAACAGAAAAGGUGCUUCUGAUAAAAAGGAAAAGAUCCAUAAAGAAUAAGCUGUGCAAAGUUCCAAUGGAUUUAGAGAGUGGACUGCUGCGAUACACCAAGGAAGUAGAAAGAGUGUCUGGCAUAUUCACAGAUUAUAAUAACAUACGGCAGUGCAUCUGCAAGAAGCAUUUGAAGGAGCCUAAGACGUUCAACAGCUUCACAGAAGAACACUUUUUAAGAAGCCCCAGGUUUCUAAUCCGAAUGUACAUCUACAAAUUCUACGAUAAUUUAGAAAAUCUUACUGUGUUCUACAGUGCAGUAAUGCAUAUACUCAGCCAGCGCAUCAUGGACAAAUACAGCACCCGAAUUUCAGAAGCGCAGUCUGCGUGCAAAAAAAAGAAUCCGGAGCUUGAAAUAGAAGAUCCAUUUAAGAUCCUGCUUGGGCAGGCCUAUAAAGUAAAAGAGAAGUUUGAUAUGGAGCACAAAAAGGUGAUUAAUGAAGUUAAGAAUCAAAACAAUACUGCAAAUAAAUAA